AUGUCAUUAAUCUCCCUAUUUGUCCUCUUUUUUGUAACCAACUAUCUUGUAGAAGCCCAAACUUACACCUUACGAAGCUCUCCCAACCCUGACCUUGAAAAAUUUGGAGACUAUUCCGACACCCUCAUAAGAACAGCUAUAUUUUCCUCUUUGUCUGGAAGAAUCCCAAAAACUGAUAAAAGGUACAAUAGCUACGCAGAGGCCUUAAAACUGAUGGCAGACCGCAAUUCCUUUACUCUUAUAGAACUUGGGACUGCCCGUGAAGGAGAAGGCAGUUGUGGAGGCGACGGAUGUUCGACCCCAAUUUUUGCACAUUUUUCUUUUCUUACAGGGAGACACUUUACAUCAAUCGAUAUCAGUGAGAAAAAUUGUGAAAGAGCAAGGGAAGCAAUAAGGCUUUAUGCUGAUAACGCACAAGUUAUAAAAAGUGACUCAGUGGAGUACUUAAAAGAAUAUAAAAGGCCAAUUGAUUUUUUGUAUUUGGAUAGUGUAGAUUAUGAUUUUAGAAAUCCGAGGGUAUCACAGGAACAAAAUUUAAAAGAAAUUAAGGCUGCUUAUGAGAAUUUACAUAAAUAUUCGAUUAUUUUGAUGGAUGAUUGUACACUUCCCGGAGGAGGAAAAUGCAAGCUGGCAGCUAAUUUUUUAUUGGAAAAUGGGUGGGAAAAGCUAGUUGAUUCUUAUCAGAUAAUCUUUAUACACUCAACAAGCAUUCUAUAG